AUGCCUUUAGACGAUUUUGUUAAAUCUCUUGCCACUAACACUUUGCAAUUUCAACAAGAGACAAGGGCAAGUAUUAAAAGUUUGGAGAACCAAAUAGGUCAAAUGGCAACCUCAAUCAAUAGGCUGGAAGCACAAGCCCCUACAUUAUUGGAGCAGGAAAAGAAGAAAGAUGCCACUGAAGAAAAGAUUGUUCCCAAUGACGAUGGCGCACUUAAACGUAAGUUUUCACCCCUUUCUGAGUUUAAAUCGGUAUCCCCUUUCCCUCAGGCUUUAGCAGAAUCUAGGAAAGAUGAACUAAAUGAUGAACUUUAUGAAACCCAUAAAUGUGAGAUAAACAUUCCAUUGUUAGAUGCUAUUAAACAACUACCUCGUUAUGCUAAGUUGUUGAAGGAAUUGUGUACCAUUAAAAGAAAACAGAAAAUUAAAAGGUGUGAAAAUAUAAACGUAGGUGAAAAUGUCUCUGCAAUCAUUCAACAAACACUCCCUACAAAGUACAAAGAUCCAGGCAUGUUUACCAACCCUUACAUGAUAGGUAACACUAGGUUUGAAAAGACCAUGUUAGACUCAGGAGUUUCUAUUAAUGUCAUGCCAUACUCUAUAUACGCUUCUUUAAAACUUGGACCUUUGAAUGAAACUGGCGUCAGUGGCAUGGUAAUUCAAUUAGCUGAUAAAUCUAAUGUCUAUCCUAAGGGUGUAGUUGAGGAUAUUCUCGUGAAAAUUAAUGAUUUGGUUUUUCCCGCUGACUUCUAUAUGCUUGAUAUGGGAUAUAGUGAUCAAACUACCCCUAUUGUGCUAGAAAGACCAUUCUUAAAGACAUACAAAGCUAAAAUAAAUUUUUAUAGUGGCAUGCUUACUAUGGAAUUUGACGAUAAACUCAAUGAAUUUAAUAUUUAUAUGCCAUAA